AUGAGUGAAAAUACGCUAAACUCCAGCUCAGUGUUUAAUGAGCUCCGGUUAGGGCAGGAACUUUGUGAUGCCGUUAUCAGAGUGGACAAUGUUGAAUUUCCUGUGCACAAGGUCAUCCUCUGCAACUGCAGCCCAUACUUCAGAGCUCUUUUUACUCACUGGUCCACCCCAGACAGUCGGGUCUUUGACAUUCCCAACAUUUCAUCUGACAUGAUGAAGCUCAUCGUUGAGUUUGCCUACACCGGCUGUGUUUAUGUGACACAAGAGAACAUCCGAGAGCUGUUCAUAGCAGCAGACCAGUUUAAUGUGAGGGGAAUCAUUCAGGCCUGCAGUGACCAACUGGAGAAUCAGCUUACCCCAGAAAACUGCAUCGGCAUCUGGUGGUUUGCAGAUAUCUACUACAACCCCGAGCUGAAACACAAGGCCUCCGUCUUCAUUCUGAAUCACUUUGAGGAGGUUGCUGCAUCGUCAGAAGAGUUCCUGCAGAUCUCUGCACAGGAACUGGCUCAGAUUAUUGAGAAUGAUCAUCUCAAUGUGAAGAAGGAGAAGGUGGUGUUUGAGUCCAUCAUUCACUGGAUCACCCACGCACCUGAGGAACGCAGAGGAUACAUCUUUCUGCUUCUGUCAAAGGUCAGGCUGGCUUUGAUAAAAGGACAAUACAUCUUAGAACGUGUAACUACCAACGAACUAGUGAAAGCAAGUGAAGAGUGUCAAGCAAUUCUCAACAAGACCAUGGAGACCAUUCUUGACCAGGGGACAAGGAGCUUCAUUGACUUGAUUUCCAGUAACCCUUUGGCCCAGCCACGACUGCCGUCUUCCAUCAUGUUGGCUGUUGGAGGAUGGAGCGCUGGAGGCCCCACUAAUGAUAUCCAGGCGUAUGAUAUCCGCGCUGACUGCUGGGCCAAAAUACCCAACGAUUCUGAUGACCCCAGGGCCUACCAUGGUGCAGUCUUCCUCAAUGGAUCACUUUACUGUGUAGGUGGCUUUGAUGGAGUUGUGCAUUUCAGCACAAUGACCAGGUUUGACCUGAUCACACGCACCUGGCAAGAGGUCGCACCAAUGCACUCAAAGCGCUGCUAUGUCAGCGUAACAGUGCUGGACGGGUGCAUUUACGCCAUUGGAGGUUAUGAUGGACUUGAUCGUCUGGAAACUGCAGAGCGCUAUGAGCCCCGUACCAACCAGUGGACUUUAAUUGCAUCCAUGCAUGAUCAGAGAAGUGAUGCCAGCUGCACAACCCUUAAUGGCAAGGUGUACGUUUGUGGUGGCUUUAAUGGGUCCGAGUGCCUGUCAUCAGCUGAAUAUUACAACCCAGAGACCGACCAGUGGACACUGAUAGCCCCCAUGGGAUUCAGGCGCAGUGGAGUUGGGGUCAUCGCAUAUGCAAACCACAUUUUUGCAGUUGGUGGUUUUAAUGGAACCAGCCGUCUGGAAACUGCUGAGGCCUAUAACUCCCUCACCAGCACCUGGCACUCUCUGCCCUCCAUGCUGAAACCUCGCAGUAACUUCGGCAUCGAAGUGAUUGAUGACCACAUUUUUGUGGUUGGGGGCUUCAACGGCUUCAUCACUAUCAGUGAUGUUGAAAACUAUGACUUUGAAAAGGGUCAGUGGUCUAACAUCUGUGAUAUGGAGAUCUCCUGCAGUGCUCUGAGCUGCUGCAUGGUGCACGGAAUCCCCAACAUGGAGGAUUAUGCUGCUCCUCGUUUCUCCCUUCAGUUCUCCGAUGAGGAGAUCGAUGAAGUGGAGUAA